UUCGUUUCUCCCGUCCCAUCCACGAGUCGCACGUGAGUGGCUGCCGCCGUCGUACGCGAGUCGCCGCCGACCUGGCCCUCAAGUCACAGCCGCACGCCAGCAAGUUGGCAUGGAGUCCUCGCCCGCGACGCCAUGGACUCCGGCACAAGGAAAGGACGUACUGCCCCACCAGAGUGGCUUUGAUGAUUUGAUGAACUCCGUCGCUGUUGAUUCUGCCUACGUUGAGGCCACCGCCAUGGAUCAUGCCGUCAUCACCGUUGAGGCCGUCGACGCCGGAGUUGUAGCCCACCUUGAACAACCAAGCACACCACAGCCAACAUCUUCUCCAAGUAUAGCAGAAAGUUGCAAAGAACAUUUGAAGCCUAUGGUUGGAAUGAUAUUUGAUACACUCACAGAUGUGGAGAAAUUUUACAAAUCGUAUGCACAUGAAGCUGGUUUCUCUGUUCGUGUUGGUCAGCACAAGAAGCAAAAUGAGGAAAUAUUAUUCAAGCGGUAUUACUGUUCAAGGGAAGGGUACAUAAAGGAGAGAGUAAAAGAUGUUAGUGAUGAAUCCGGAAAAAAAAAAAGAAAGACACCAUAUAUGAUGGAAACCAGAUGUGGCUGUGAAGCACAUAUUGUUGUCAAGCUUGGCAGUGAUAAGAAGUAUCGAAUAUCUUCAAUGAUUGGGGAGCACAGCCAUGGUUUUGUGUCACCAGAUAAGAGGCACUUGCUAAGAUCCAACCGUACUGUUAGUGAGAGGGCAAAGAGUACUUUGUUCAGUUGUCAUAAGGCUAGCAUUGGCACGUCCCAGGCAUUUCGACUUCUCCAAGUCAGUGACGGUGGAUUUCAGAAUGUUGGGUGCACACUGAGGAAUUUGCAGAACUAUUACCAUGACCUGAGGUGCAAAAUCAAGGAUGCUGAUGCACAAAUGUUUGUGGGACAACUUGAGCGAAAGAAGGAAGUAAACCCUGCCUUCUUUUAUGAGUUUAUGGUGGAUAAACAAGGACGACUUGUUCGUGUCUUUUGGGCAGAUGCCAUUUGCAGGAAAAACUAUAGUGUUUUUGGUGAUGUGCUUUCGGUAGAUUCAACAUAUAGCACUAACCAAUAUAAUAUGAAGUUUGUGCCAUUUACUGGAGUCAAUCACCACUUGCAAAGUGUUUUCCUUGGGGCAUCAUUCUUGGCUGAUGAAAAGAUUGAGUCAUUUGUAUGGUUGUUUCAAACCUUUCUUAAGGCUACGGGUGGAGUAGCACCUCGUCUAAUCAUAACAGAUGAAGAUGCGAGCAUGAAGGCUGCUAUUGCUCAGAUUCUACCAAAUACAGUUCAUAGACUUUGCAUGUGGCAUAUCAUGGAAAAGGUACCUGAGAAGGUCGGGCCCUCCAUAAGAGAGGAUGGUGAGUUCUGGGAUAGAUUACACAAGUGUGUUUGGGGAUCCGAGGAUUCAGAUGAUUUUGAGUCUGAAUGGAAUUCUAUCAUGGCAAAAUAUGGGCUCAUUGGAAAUGAAUGGUUUUCCACAAAGUUUGAUAUUCGACAAUCAUGGAUUCUGGCAUACUUUAUGGACAUACCUCUAGCGGGAAUCCUUAGUACUACAUCACGAUCGGAGAGCGCAAAUUCUUUUUUUAACCGUUUCAUUCAUCGAAAAUUGACCUUUGUUGAGUUUUGGCUAAGGUUUGACACAGCUUUGGAGUGCCAACGCCAAGAGGAGUUGAAAGCCGACAAUAUAAGUCUUCACACCAAUCCAAAAUUGAUGACACCAUGGGACAUGGAGAAGCAAUGUAGUGGCAUAUAUACACAUGAAGUUUUUAGUAAGUUUCAGGAACAACUCAUAGUUGCAAGAGACCAUUGCAUUAUUCAAGGGAUUUCGAAGUCCGGAGAUAUGAAAAUUGUCACCAUCAGUAGCCUAUUUGAAAAAGAACGAGUGGUUCAGAUGAAUAAGUCAAACAUGUUUGGUACAUGCUCGUGUAAAUUAUAUGAGUCCUAUGGCAUCCCAUGCCGUCAUAUCAUACAAGUGCUUAGAGGCGAGAAGCAAAAUGAGAUACCAUCGAUUUAUAUUAUGAAGAGAUGGGAGAAAAUAUGUAAACGAGAAAUGUUCUUUGAUGACGAAGGUAACCUUCUGGAUGAAAAGGCUAAAGAUCCUAUGGAGGUGGCAAUGCGGAAAAAAAUUUCAGAUUCACGCAACAAGUUUUAAGAUCUUAUCCAAAUGGCCAAGAACUCUGAACAAGGGAUGGAGUUUUUAUAUUCUAGUUUAUCCGACCUUGUAGAACCUCUCCAAAAGAUCAUUCCUGCUGCUAUAGUUAACAAACAAGAUGAGUUUGAAUCAUUCCUUGGUAGCAAAAUUCCAGAUGAAGUCGAGAUACAUCCACCAAAUAUCAAGUCCAAAGGGCCAUGCAAAAGAAUUAAGAAGAGCAAGGAGAAGAAGGCACCAAGAAAACGCAAGUGUGGAAAAUGCAAGCAAGUAGUGGAUCAUGAUGCACGAAAUUGCCCAAACAACACUGUUGGCUGAUUGUAAACAACUUUUUAUACUAGUGCUAAUUUUCAUGGUGUCAGUGAAUUAUAUAGCAUGGAUUUUUGCUUGUUUUGGUACUGAUCAGUGCUUGAAAAAAAUCAGCAUGAAUGUUUCAGUGUUUUAGAGAUUGUAAACACCUUGUAAAAUUUCAGCAUGAAUUUUCAAUGAU